AUGGCAGAGCUCUCAGAAUUGUUUCCUUCAGACAAACAAUUUGAUGGUUUAGUGCACAUGUAUGUUCAUGUCAUAACAUUUGAUCCUCCAACGUUUGUUAUGAUAUGUGUCUUAAUCACAAUGUUUUUCUUUAUCUUCCAUCAAAUUUUCCAUGGUUUAUUCUAUUGGUUUGUGGAAUCUAGACCUAUACAUAUCAAUGAACGUGACAUUGAACAAGGAGAUACUGAUCUAAUUCGUGAAGAUAACGAUCAUGACCAUGAUGAUGAUGAUCAUGAUCAUGAUCGCCAAAAUGUUACAAUAUUUCAUACUCUUGUUUUUAGCAAUUUACAAGCUUGGACAAUUUUGGCUGGAAUCGAAGAAGAACAAGAACAAGAAGAUAAUUAUUAUGAUGAGAAAAGAGGACAAAAACUUAGAGCGUGUAAGAAACUACCGCCUUUGAUGAACUAUGAUGGAGUUGGAAAGCAUGAUCAUGAGUUAAGAAGAAGUUGCGAUGAAUGUGCGAUUUGUUUGGAAGAUUUUCAAGUGGGGCAAUUGUGUCAAGUUUUUCCGGUUUGUAGACACAUUUUUCAUGUCGAAUGCAUUGAUCAUUGGUUGCAGAGGAAAUUCACGUGUCCGAUAUGUCGUAAUUGUUUAUAA